UUAGUGCAUUGUAUUUGUUCAGGAGAGAAUCAUCAAUGACAGUGGAGUCAUGUAUGUUGACUACGGCAGUGUCAUUGAAGUUUUUUCUCGGCCCCGGCUAUUUGGCUGGAUAGGGUAGUGGUCGGUGAGUUUCUUUGCCUGAAUGUAAACGCUGGUGCUGGAGCGUACGAGAUUGGAUUUGUCUAGGCGAAAGCAAGCGUGCUAGCUGGGUGGAACCUUGAGAGCCUUAUCCCUGGCAAGUGUUUCUUCGGUUCAAAUGGAUCUAUGACAGCGUGUCGGAUGGCUUUCUCAAGUGCCGUACCCAUGUAUCCCUAAUUGUCGCUAUCGUCGUAGUCGAUAUCGAUACGUGGGAUUAAUAAUUUUUUACACUUAAUCCAGUUUCUUUGAGUACCUACGUUUUCUCUUUCCGGUUCGUGGUGCUGUUGAGAUGCAUAAUAUGUUGUCGAGGCAGAUACAACACCUCAAAUUGUGGAUUGUAUUUUUGAUAAGCGGUACCGUCAGUCCCGUGAUAACACUGACAAAUCCUUGUCAACAGUCCUUAAUUGACCAAUGUGGGAGAUUGAUUACUGGAUUCACACCACAGAAAUAUCUAUCGGGUCUGGUUCCAGAUUCGGCCAUAAGAGAUGACUGCGAGGCGUUUGCGUCAGUUCGAUUGUGCAACGAGAAAGUAUUAAGGCCAUGUUUGGCUGCCGAACUAGUAACUCUGGAUCCAUUCAUAAGACAAGCAAACGAAUUCAUCAUGCUGUUCUGUGAAAAUGAUCAAUUUCGAAGAGAUUAUGCACACCACGGCCAGUGUUUAGCCGUGGUCAGUCUGGAUAUUAAUCAGUGCAUUGCUAACUAUGGAGCUACCGUAUCGGAUAUUGCUGCCGUCUCUGAUAAUCUGGCUCCCCAGGAAGUCUUACAUCGAAGCUGUUGCGAUGGCCUUCACAGGCUUACCCAGUGUUCAUUUGAAGCAGCCGUGCGGAAGUGCCACCCAUCAUCGGCGGAUUUUGUGAAAAAGUUUCUUUAUAAAAUGAUGAAAUCCACACUUCAAGACUGGAUAGCACGCCAGUGUUUUGAAUAUCAAGCUCAGUGCGGCCGUGAUUUGGGCCUUGAGGAUCCCCUAUCCAACCGGCACAAUCUCAUCUCCCUGCCCAAUAUGACCCAGCCGGAUGCGGGGACGAGUAGCAGCAGUGUAGAUGAUGCAAUUAUCGCUUCAUCCCCGCCGCCCUUCAGCACGAUGCAGGGCGCCAGCAGUAACAAUAUGGAAACGCUAUUUACGGGCGCAGCCGCCACGGGCACCCGUUCCAGCGUGCAGCAGCAGGCGCAGUUGACCAACACCGUUCCUUCAGCGGCUUCGCAUGCUGAUGCAGCGCCCGCGGCUACCGACACCACCGUAUUAUCCCGACCGCUUCUAGUCCCGGAUGGAGAGGGUAGUUCCGUGAAAGUCAACCAGACGGCUGAAGAUGAUGCGCCGACAAUCUUGGCGGCCGGUCCCGCGGGUUUACCGCUUCCGGGUGUGGCUCCCACGGCGAAUGCUGACCCAGCCGACAGUACCGCGGCGGCCAGCGCCAAUGCGCCAUCACCCAAGACGUUCAGCAUCAAGACCGUACCGAACGAGAAGUCCAAGACGGCGAAAUUAAAAAACACCGGAAAUGAUCUGUCGCAUCCGCUGGCGAGGAAGUUUCUUUUGAUCAUUAGCACAAUUGCUUUUCUUGCGGGAUGGUAUUAGUUCGGCAGCGGCGAGAAAUUGUGUAAAUGUGUCGUUCAUGUCGUUUAUCUUCUCUUCUUGUUGUACGUAGGAACAAAAUACUGCUAUUCUUGACAGACGGUACAGCCGUUGAUUAAUUUCGUUGGGAUCAAAUCUUGGUUAGAUUUAAACGACAGACCUUGCACCACAUGUAUAAAAUCCGCUAU